UGCCCAUGGAAAAACGCCCAGUAGUUUGACAGUGCCGUUGACAUCGUUUCCUUUUGACAUCAACAUUUUGAGGUUUGCAAGGAAAACGGAAAACGUCAGAUGCUUUGGCUGGUGUGUCAGUGAUUAAUUUUCAUCUAAAUUCUUCCUUUACGCAAUCGAUCAAUUGAUAACUUUUAAUGGCUACUAUUUUGAGGAGCCUAACUCUCACUGAGAGGAUAAUUUUGAAAAACGCUCCAAAGAACAUCGUUGCAGGACAAAAAAACCGAUGGCAACCACAAAUUCAGACUCAAAGGAAUUUGAAUGUGCAUGAAUACAUCAGUUAUACAUUAUUGAAAGAUGCCGGAAUAGAUGUCCCUAAGUUUGGAGUGGCGAAAACUAAGGAAGAAGCGAAAAAAAUAGCACAAGAGCUCAAUACCAAAGAUUUAGUUCUGAAAGCUCAAGUAUUAGCUGGUGGGAGGGGCAAAGGAAGUUUCAAAAAUGGUCUUAAAGGUGGAGUGCGAAUGGUUUACUCGCCUGAAGAAGCAGAAGAUAUUGCUGGAAAAAUGUUGGGUCAGCAACUAGUCACUAAACAAACAGGUGAAAAAGGUAGAAUAUGCAAUAUGGUCAUGGUUACUGAACGUAAAUUUCCUAGGAAAGAGUUCUAUUUUGCUAUCAUGAUGGAAAGAUCCUUCAAUGGUCCAGUAAUAAUAGCCUCCUCACAAGGAGGUGUUAAUAUCGAGGAUGUUGCUGCAGAAAGUCCAGAGGCAAUUAUUUAUGAACCUAUUGAUAUCAUGAAAGGCUUGGAUAACGCCACUGCAGAGAGAGUGGUAGAAAAAGUUGGACUCACAAGUCAAAAGGACAAGAUUAUUGAUAUGCUCCACAAAAUGUAUGAUUUAUUCCUGAAAAAAGAUGCUCUUCUGAUCGAAAUUAAUCCCUAUGCUGAAGAUGUAGGACCUACAUAUUUCUCUCUGGAUGCAAAGUUCAGAUUUGAUGAUAAUUCUCAAUUCAGACAGAAAGAGCUUUUUGCAUUGAGAGAUUGGUCUCAGGAAGAUGAAAAAGAGGUAGCAGCAGCUAAAUUUGACCUAAACUAUAUUGCUCUCGAUGGAAACAUAGGAUGUUUAGUUAAUGGAGCUGGUCUGGCCAUGGCGACUAUGGAUAUAAUCACUCUACAUGGGGGUUCCCCAGCCAAUUUCUUAGAUGUUGGCGGCGGCGCUACUGCUCAAGCUGUUAAAGAGGCUUUCAAAAUUAUCACCUCAGACCCUAAAGUAUUAGCAAUUAUGGUCAAUAUUUUUGGUGGUAUUAUGAGAUGCGACAUAAUUGCGGAGGGAAUCAUUGCUGCUGCAAAAGACCUCAAUCUCAAAAUGCCGAUCAUUUGCAGACUGCAAGGCACAAAGGUUGAUGAUGCAAAGGUUCUUAUUGGCAAUUCAGGAUUGAAAAUAUUGCCUGUGGACAAUUUGGAUGAGGCAGCACGAUUGGCAGUUAAAUUGUCAAGUAUUGUCAGUCUUGCUAAAGAUGCAAAAUUAGAUGUGAAUUUUGAAAUGCCCUUGUAAUUAUUUUAUUCAUUUGAAUAAUGAAUAUUGAUAUUCUAAAAUCUAUGGUAUUAAAUUUUCUGUACCCUUUUAUAUAUAUUUAUUGCUAUUAUGUGGCUCGCUAUACCAUUAUUGUUGAAUGUAAAAUAAUUUAUUUGACUAGUCUUAAGUUGAAAACCAUGUUGUGAAUUCCGUUUCACUUGAAAUAAAGUGGAUUUCAAAUUUUUAA